AUGAUAGAGGUGGUACUGCAAGUGUUAUCCAUCAGUGCCAUCACCACCACAAUUGCUUUAUUUUUCUGUGGAAUCCCAAUAUGUAUGCAAAUUCGUAGACAAGGAGCAGUAGGUGACAUCUCAGGUGUCCCCUUCCUGAUGGGCGUUCUUGGAGGAUCGUUUUGGCUCCGAUACGGACUGCUCAAAAUGGAUUACACUAUGAUCAUAGUCAACGUAGUUGGUGUCUUCUGUAUGGCAGUAUACUGUAUCUUUUUCCUUAUUUAUUCACUUCCUAAGAAAACCUUCACAUGUCAACUGAUUCUUGUCACCUCUACAAUCACUGGAAUGGUUGUGUGGAUCGCGUUUAAGCCAAAUCUUGAUUACCUAGGCAUCAUUUGCAUGACUUUCAACAUCAUGAACUUUGGAGCCCCGUUGGCAGGAUUGGGGGUCGUCCUUCGAAACCGCGAAGUCUCUACACUUCCACUUCCUAUGUGCGUGGCCAAUUUCCUCGUUUCUUCCCAAUGGUGCCUCUACGGAAAUUUGGUUCAAGACAUUUAUAUAAUUAUCCCUAAUGGAAUUGGAAUGUUCUUGGCUAUCGUCCAACUCUCCCUUUUCAUCGUUCUACCUCGUCGAGAAAAUGAGAAGAGUCCAUUGGAGCAAUUGGCUAACUGGUUCACUGGAAGAGAUAGAAAUAAGAAGGAGAAGGAUUUGGAGACAGGAGAAUGCGCAGAGCCAUCAUCACCACAAAAAAUCCCUAGCGAUGUUCACGAAAAACUCGAGAAACUGAUGGCUGCCGAAGCGUCUUCCGAGAGUCGACGUUGCAGUGCUGACUUCAUGGACCACCCACCAUCAUACAAAAGCCGAUCAUCCAGCGUUCCCGAUAUAUUCUCUGUUCAGUCAUAA